CGACGCCGACGCCGACGCCGCCGACGCUCCUCCGCCUCCCUCUCGCGACGUCCGCUCUGCUCUCUCUCUCCCCCUCCGCAAAGUCGUGCCUCUCUUCCAGCGAAACGACGAGCUCGACGGCGCCGGCGACAGCGACGAAGCAGAAGACGGAGACGAAGAAGCAGAAGCGCGCGCGCUCGGGGUUCUGGAUAUGGCUCGUCGCGUUGGUCGCGUUCCGGCUCGCCCUCGUCUACCUCCUUAGGAACCUCCGCCUGUCCACCCGCCCCGAGGUCGCCACCCCUCUCACCAGCAUUCGCCGCCGUAACGCCGCCUGUCUUUGCUCCGUCGAUCGAUUCCCGAUCCCCGAUGCCCCGCCCCCUCCUUCCUAGAAAUCUUGGAGGUUCAUUUUCCGAUUUCUGGUUUUUCUUGUUUGUGCCGCCUGCAGUUGGCAAAGGCUACUGGUUGAAGCAGUUCCAUGUAUCACGGUUCUCCUUUGCUGUUGCUCCUUCUCGGACCUCUCGCUGUCAAAAGAUUUUGCCACUAUUUAGCAAGCAUAAGGUGGUACAUUUCAAUAAGACAGAUGCUCGUUUGAAAAACAAUGGAAUUUCACUAGAUCUUUAGAGGCUCAGAUGUCGAGUCAACUUUCAGGCUUUAAAAUAUACUCCUCAGAUCGAGGCUCUGGGGAACAAAUUAGUCCACCUCCUUCGAGAUAAGGGGCCUUUCAUGGCUUUGCAUCUGAGAUACAAGAUGGAUAUGUUGGCUUUCUCUGGAUGCACCCAAGGUUGUACAGCAGAAGAAGCUGAAGAGCUCAAGCGAAUGAGGUU